AUGGAUCCAUCAACUAGCACCUCGGCAACCAGUCAACCCUCGUCCCCCAUCCAAUUUUCAGAUUUGGAAUUUUUGGCGAAUCAACAGGAUUUUCGUGAAGCUUUCUCAGCUUUUCUCACGAAGUUCAAAUCCGCGUUUUCCGUAACCAAAAUAGAAGGAGAAAAAAUGGAAAAAGGUGAAAGAAUAGGAGAUGCUGUUAUCCCGAUACACCAACAUGCCAAACUUUCUCAAUCAGAUCCACGUCAUAAAUCACAAGACAAAACCGAAAAACAUAUGAAUCAAAUGAGCUCCAGUCCCACCGCCACACCUAGCUCCGUCGCCGCAGCAGUAGGGUGUAAGGAGCCACAGGAUACGACCAACACAGGCUUUGUUUCUCUCUCCGCCGCCAAGGAUACGGUUCUGUCAGCAAGUCCGCAGCUAGACAACCGAAAAUCUGGAAGCUCCGACGCCGAGGACAAGCCAACAACAACGUCGAAGAAAGGACCUCAGGUCAACCCGAUAUCCACGCUCGCCGAGUCUGGGAAAGCUGAAAAUAAUAACGGUCACCUGGUUCGAUCUGGUCUGGUUCCGGCGUUGUCGGUGGAGAUGCCGGCAGACAUUAAUGUCAGUCAACGGUGCAGUUUGAAUGGAGGCGAAUCAUUAGAGAAAAACCCUCAGCUGAAGGAUCAAAAGGCCACAAACCGCAUUACCAUUUCUUCAACCAGUUGGGCCGUUUCUGAUAAGGCCCAACCACAUUCAAUUAAUAUUGGGCCGAACCCUUCUCCUCUCCUUCACCCUCAAUCAAAUAUGUCCCAACCAUCUGGCCCAGAUACUACCAAUCCUAAAGCCCACUCCACAAACAGGGACUCCAACUCCCAAACGGCACCUUCGCAACCCACAGGUUGCGUCGUCGCCGGCUCCGGUGGAGGUGAGGUGAGCGCCGUCUACCGGUGGAUUGUUGUUGUCGGCCAUGUUGCAGGUCUGUUCUUUUUCUGUGGCCGUGAUACCGGCGUCGGGUGGUUGGUUUGCAUGUACCGGUUGGAUGACGUUGAGUUGGCCGGCGGAAAGAUCCUGCUGUUGGCAGAUUUUAGGAAUGGUAAUGGGCUGAGGGGGGUGAUAGCCCUCCCCUACGGUCACGAAUUACCAACGGAACUUCACCACGCGAGACGAAGGCCGAAAAACGACCCCUCCAAGCCUGGCCAAUGCCCAAAAUGCACCCAAGAAGCAGAUCUCGACACUUCCUUCACCGAUAGGAUGAAGGACCGGCCAACCUCAGAACCACCCCGGAAGCCCACACCAAAUCUAUCUCCCUCCCACAAUCCAGCGGGUGACCCAAGAACUGCCCAAGACGCAGAGGCCUCCACCGGAGAGCUUUCACCAUUCCAACACCAGGAAUCGGAGAAGACAACAGAGGGAAGCACCAACGCCGGCCAAAACACCGCCUAUCGCGAUGAGACUAGCGAUGCCCGCAAUCCCGCCCUCUCCACCGUAUUAUUGAGCCUCAGCCUUCGGUUUGUUUUGCCGAGAAUCUUAGCUGAGAAAUUCAAGCUAUUGGGCGUCUUAACAUUCGAGAAUGUUCAGUUUUAUGCCACUGUUUGA